CAAAAAUCAACCUAGAAGAUCUCUGAGAUUCUGGAUCAAAUCUGCCGGAUCUUGCUUUCCAAACUGUCCUGAUCAGACCAAUAGAACCCUGCUCCCAUUGACCCCCUACUUAAAAACUCCUCCACACCCACCAAUCUACCACCACCACCACACCUUGUCCUUUGUCUUGUGUUCUUGGGUUUCAAAUUCAAUCUCCCAAUCUCCAUCUUCAAUUUGAAUUGUAGUUAUGGUUGUUGGAGCAGAAACCCAAUUCCAUGUUCUUGCUGUUGAUGACAGCAUCAUUGAUAGGAAGUUGAUUGAGAGGCUCUUAAAAACCUCUUCUUAUCAAGUUACUGCAGUGGAUUCUGGAAUUAAGGCCUUGGAGUUUCUGGGUCUGAACAUUGAAGAUGAUCAUCAUCAAGUACUGUUAAAUGAUGAUGCAAGUGUGCCCUCUGUUUCUCCAGAUCAUCAAAAUCAAGAGAUUGAAGUGAACUUGAUCAUCACAGAUUACCGUAUGCCUGGAAUGACUGGAUUUGAUCUCCUCAGAAAGAUCAAGGAAUCUAGAACUUUCAAAGAUGUACCAGUUGUGAUUAUGUCCUCAGAGAAUGUUCCUUCAAGGAUUAACAGGUUUAUGGAAGAAGGAGCAGAGGAGUUCUUUCUGAAGCCAGUUCAAUUAUCAGACGUCAAUAAGCUUAAACCCCAUUUGCUGAAGGGGAGAUCCAAGGAAGAUGAACCAAACACCAAUAACAAGAGGAAAGGCAAUGAAGAGAUUCAAUCCCCUGAGAAAUCAAGAACAAGAUAUACUAAUGACCUUGAAUUGGUCUAAUUAGCAAAUUUUUCUUGUAUUUUUUAGUUAUAUUACACAGAUCAAAUAGAGAUUUAGAUUCUUUGAGGGAGGGGGAGAUAGGGAGCAAUCAUUAUUUGUUAGGAAAUAAUUAACUAGUGUUGGACCACUGUACAUCAUCCCAAAUUAAUACAUCCUUAAUUCAAUUUUGAUCAUCA